AUGAAGUCCUUCCCGACUGCGUCUUUGUUGCCCAAGGAGGAAACCCUCGCCGACCGGUUCCUACAGCAGUAUCCGGACUAUGAUGGGCGUAACGCUGUUGUCGCUAUCUUCGACACGGGCGUGGAUCCGGGGGCCAUCGGUCUACAGACGACGCCCGAUGGCCGCCCCAAGAUCAUCGACGUUGUGGACGCCACAGGCGCCGGAGACGUGGAUACGUCCACAGUAAUUGAGGCCAAGGACGGACAAUUAACACUCGCUAAUGACCGCGUUCUCACGCUCAAUCCCGACUGGAAACCGAGCCAGGACGGUAAAUACCACGUCGGUACUGUAGCCGGCUACCAUUUAUUCCCCGGCCCAUUAGUGACCAGACUCAAGACGGAACGCAAAGAGAAGUUCGACAUUGAGCAACGCGCUGCCGUCAAUGCAGUACAGGAGCAACUGGCCAAGUGGAGCAAGGAAAACAGUGCAACCACGAAUGAUACAGCCAAGCUGAGAGAGAAGAAGGACCUUCAGACGCGACUCAAGCAGCUCGAAGAGCUGGCCAAGAGCUACGAAGACCCUGGACCGAUCUACGACGCUGUUGUCUUUUACGACGGCACGUGCUGGCGCGCAGCGCUGGAUACGAAGGAAACCGGUGAUUUUACCGGUAUACCGGUACUGACCAACUUUAAGGACGAGCGGCAGUACGCGACCUUCUCGGGUGAAUCUCAGCUCAACUACGUGCUGAAUAUCUAUGACGAAGGCAACACUUUAAGUGUCGUGAACGACGUGGGAGCUCAUGGAACGCACGUGGCUGGAAUCGUGGCAGCGUAUCACCCAGACCAGUCGGAAUGCAACGGUGUGGCCCCUGGAGCUCAGAUUGUAGCUGUGAAGAUCGGAGAUGGCAGACUGGGGAGUAUGGAGACGUCAUCAGCUCUGAGUCGCGCGAUCUUGGCCGUCAUGGACGCCAACGUGGACGUGGUUAACAUGAGUUACGGUGAGUAUGCGUCGCAGCACAAUUACGGUCGAAUUGUGGAGCUCAGCAAUGAAUUGGUGGACGAACACAACGUUACUUUCGUCGUGAGUGCCGGUAAUAAUGGACCUGCAUUGGGCACAGUGGGCGCUCCAGGCGGUACGACGUCCAGUAUGCUGGCUGUGGGUGCCUACGUGUCGCCCAAGAUGAUGGAAGGUGAGUAUAUUAUGCGAGACAGUGCUCUAUCUGGCAUUGCCUACACGUGGUCGUCUCGUGGUCCGACGUUUGAUGGAGACUUGGGAGUGAACAUCUGCGCUCCUGGAGCUGCCAUUGCGCCUGUACCGAACUGGACGUUGAACAAGAAGCAGCUUAUGAAUGGCACAUCUAUGAGUUCGCCGAAUUGCGCUGGAAACAUCGCACUGCUGAUCAGUGCAAUGAAAGCUCAGGGCGUUGAGUACACGCCGUAUUCUAUCCGUCGCGCGUUGGAGAAUACUGCAGUUAAAGUGCCGAAUGUGGAGGUGUACGCACAGGGCAAAGGGUUGAUCCAAGUGCUACCAGCGUUCAAGUAUCUAGCUGGCAGUAACUCGUUCGAUGGUGGACGGAAGUUCCCUCUGCAUUACGAGAUCAAGACGUCGUCAGGUGAUGGCAAAGCGCGUGGUAUUUUUCUUCGAGACAGCGUCGACUUCGCUCAUGAUAGCACGGAAGUUAACGUCACAGUGACGCCCAAGUUCCACAAGAAGGCGGUGCAAGACGACAAGGUUCACUUCGAGCAACACGUGCGUCUGGUUCCUUCUGCUCGGUGGAUCGAUGUGGGACGAAACCUGGCGUUGAUGCAUGGCGGACGUGCGUUCAAAGUGCUCGUGAAGACCAAGCACCUGACUGCUGGUGAACACUAUGGCGAAAUUGUGGCUUACGACACAAAGAACGAGGCUCGUGGCGCUCUGUUUACCAUUCCAGUUACUGUGAUCAAGCCUGAAGACGCCAAGUCGGUGGUAACCUACCAGACCAAGUUCCAGCCUGGUGAUAUCUCUCGUCGGUUCUUUACACCAGCUCAAGAUUCUACCUGGGCUGAUAUUAUCUUCUCACGUGCUAACGAGAACGACCGUGAGGUGGAAUCCAACGCUUCCGGUAAGCUCUACAUGUUCGACGCUCUGCAGUUCCAGCCGUUUGUGCGUCAGAGCUCGUCAUCGUUCCAUAAGGCCUUCUUCCUCAAACCAGGAGAGGAAGUUGCGUUCAGUAUGGAUCUACUGGGAGGUUUAACCACCGAGUUCUGCUUGGGUCAGUUCUGGAGUGCAUUGGGAGACUCGAUUGUGCAGAUCGAGAUUCGAUUUCACGGUGUUAAACCUGAUCAAGAGAAGAUCGUGCCCAAGGAUGAACGCGACGAAGAGGAGAUCGCAAACGAAGCUGUGCGUGACCUCUUACUCGAGCGAGUGACGAAACUAGUAGGCAAAUCCACUUUUUUGCCGGCGUGGCAGCGUCUUGUGGACCAGUUCCCGAACUACCUGCCGGCAAUGCAGGCCAAGCUCCACCACUUCGACUUCGAGGCUAACAGAUCUACUCAGUUAGCUGCGGUUAUCGAGGCAGCGGAUGCUGUGCUCGCCCUCAUUAAGCAGGACGAGUUGGCAUUGUUCUUCGGUACUCGCAGUGUCCCUGGCGACCAGCCUGCAACGGAGAAGAAGCUUCGUAAGGAGAAGGAGAAGGCCAUUCUCGUUGACGCUCUUGCUCGUAAGGCUCGCGCUUUGGGCGACUCAAGCCAAUGGGACGACUUUCUAUUGGCCUACGCUGACCUCCAGAAGUGGGAAGACGUCGAAGCGGCCACGUACCUGCACGUCUCGCUGCUGCAUGACCGACACUUCGACGCGUUUGGUCUUGCGUUGCAGCGGCUUCGCAAGGUGCAGGACAUGGAACAAGCAGACAAAACCAAGAUCAUCUCAGACGAGAAGCUUGCAGCCGAGAUCAACAGCACUCUUGACGCACUGCAGUGGCAGCACUGGACUAAGUACGAGACUCAAUGGGAGCGUCGUCGUGCUCCGACAUCGUACCGCAUCUUCUAG